ACUACAUAAAAAGAAGACAAACUCGAAUCUCCACAGAGCUGGGCAGCAACGCUAGAUGGACCACAAUUUCGUUUCUGACUUACAUGUCAUACUUCAAAGGACUGAGGCAGAUAUUUGUUUAUUUUUAAAGAAACGCAAUCGAAUUAAUGACCGCUGGUUUUCCUUUAUACGUUGGAAGAAUCAUCGCUUUAUAUUGGUUACGUGACCGAAAAUACUGUGUGCAAACAUACAAAAAUCAGUAAAAUUAUAUCAGACGCAUAAGAUCUACACAUUUCAAGUCGGAUUCCGUUUGUUUGUUUGGAGGGUACAGCGUGGCGUAGGCCCCUAAUGACAAAUUUAUUCUAGAGGAUUACUUUUCAAAGAUCAACUGAUCGCAGAAGCUAUAAGAAGUUGAUCAUACCAUUGCAAAUUUAAAAGAAAAGUCACCCUUUUUUCCCGCGCAAAGGGCUUGCAUACGAUUUAGAAGACUACGGAUUUUACAAUUUUACAUCUUUCCCUUUUCACUCUAGGAAAAGAUCCCUUAAUAUUUCAAUCGUUCUUUACGCCAUUGCAAUGUCGAGCAUUACUUUUCCGAUUAACAUUGCUUUGGACGAGGGUUUGCCAGGGACAGGCAAACCCGAUGGCCCACCUCCCUUCAAUGUUCCUGACAUGCUUGAAGCGCCAUUACAAAGUGUUACCAGUGCCAUUUUGUUCAUUGUCUACGCCUCUCUUAUCAUCACAUCUAACAUGGUUAUGCUCGUCGCAUAUGUCAUAGAGAAACGACUUCGGACAUAUAACAAUUCUUUCAUUAUCAAUCUCAUCCUAACCGACUUGACGGUUGGUUUCUCGCUCAUUGUCCUUUUCGUAAGUAACUGUCACCCAGGGGUAUUCUGGUGUAAGAUAUUUCUCGGCAUCAACGACGGUGUCCUAAGUGUUUCCGUGAUCACCAUCGUCGUCAUCUGCGUUGAUCGAUACCAAGCCACCUAUCAACCUAUCAAACAUUUCACAAGCAGGAGCAAAACCAAAGCGUAUCUCCUUAAUGCUAUCCCUUGGGUAGUGGCUUUCAUUUUCUGGCUCCCUUUUGCAUUCUUCGGGUUCGAUGCCAGCACUCCGACUGAUGGUGACCGCCUCAUCAGGAUCCUCCUGCUGUCACUUCCGGUGAUGAUGACUAUUCUACCCCUUUUCAUCAUCACCGUCUUGUACGCCAGAAUCCUAUACAAGAUACGAAACUCCCUAGGAGCGCAACAUCUUAAAGACAAGUUUAAUAUGAAGUCCAGUGGUUGUGAGGAAGAGCCAAAUACUGGGACUUCCUCGAAUGGUGGGUCUAAUUUGGCGCCGCAUCAUCAAUCCCAAGAUGACUCCAAGAUUGCGAUGAAAAGCACGGAUGUUCAGCAGACAGGUCAGAACAAAAAGUCAAAGCGAAAUCGUGAAUAUCGUGAUUCCGAUGCUUCAGCUCGCAAGGCAACACGCAGCCUUUCGUUCAUCAUCAUUUCAUUCCUGGUGUCUUGGAUGCCCCACGUCAUCUUCGUCAUCGUCACCAGCUCUGAUCAGUCCAUCCUUUUGGAAAGAAAGCUCCCCGAUGUAAUGCUCGCCUUCAUCUCCACGAUUCGCUUCACCAACAGUUUCCUAAACCCGGUGAGUUACGCCGUUGCACAACCUCUCUUUCGCGGAACCGUGGCGGGAAUGAUCUGCAAUCCUAAACAGUACUGUUGAUUAAAAUGAUACAUCGCCUGGUGAGGGUGGCUUGCGGCUUACCUGCAUAUCGCCUACAAAAGCUGUUCUAGAUGGGGGCUGUUUAUUUGGAGUAGAUCAACACGGAAA